CGGCGGCGGCGCAGCGGUAGCGAGCAUGUGCUACGCAGCCCAGUAACCAGGGACGACCGCGGCUACCGAGCCCCGGCGGCUGCGGCGCCCAGCCCCGCGCAACUCCCCGCCGUGGCCGCCUGUACCGCUAAGGCCUGGCCCUCACCGGGUCCCCGAGGCCCCUUGAACCGUCAGCCGAGGUCGCGCAGCGCGCCGGAGCCCCGCGCACGGGACGCGCGGGCACGGCCAGACAAAGGCGCGGCUCCGGCCCGGCCCAGCCCGGCCUGCCGGCCUCCGCGCACCCCGGCCCGACCCAACCGCUCCCGCUGGGCGCCCGGAGCGGGUCCGGCCCGGGGAGCGGGGGCCGCGGCCGCCGAGCAUGGGGAAAUCCAACAGCAAGUUGAAGCCUGAAGUUGUGGAGGAGCUGACCAGAAAAACCUACUUCACUGAGAAGGAAGUACAGCAGUGGUACAAGGGCUUCAUUAAGGACUGCCCCAGCGGGCAGCUGGACGCCGCCGGCUUUCAGAAGAUCUACAAGCAGUUCUUCCCAUUCGGAGACCCCACCAAGUUCGCCACGUUUGUUUUCAACGUCUUUGACGAGAACAAGGAUGGCAGGAUUGAGUUCUCCGAGUUCAUCCAGGCACUAUCGGUGACCUCAAGAGGGACCCUGGAUGAGAAGCUGCGGUGGGCCUUCAAGCUUUACGACUUGGAUAACGAUGGCUACAUCACCAGAAAUGAGAUGCUGGACAUAGUGGAUGCCAUUUACCAGAUGGUGGGGAACACUGUGGAGCUCCCAGAAGAAGAGAACACACCGGAGAAGAGGGUGGACCGGAUCUUCGCCAUGAUGGAUAAGAACGCUGAUGGGAAGCUGACUCUUCAGGAGUUCCAGGAGGGCUCCAAGGCCGACCCCUCCAUCGUGCAGGCGCUGUCCCUCUACGAUGGGCUGGUAUAGUCCAGGCCCAGAGCUGUGAUGUGUGAGAACCACUAGCCUCUUCCUGUGCCAUGAGGCCACCGCAGCCUGACACCGCCCCUGUGCCCACCCAGCCUUCCUCAACUCCACAAAGCCGGCCGCCCUUGAGCCAGGCCCUGGUUCCUUUUCCCUCCGCCCUGCAUCCACCUGCCGCCUGAAGCCACUGGUUCCAAUCGUCAACCUCCGCUUGUCCAAAACAACGACAAAGUGAAAUGGAAAGGCUCCAGCCCUCUGCAAAGCUGAGCGCCUGGCUGUCCCCCUCGGCAGCCACCCCGUUCUUCCCGCUGUCCGGCCUGUGUGCUUUCUUUUUUAUUUCAAACGGACAUUGUAAAAGAAAACAAACUACCUUCUGUUCUAAAAGAUACUGACCAUUGGGAGAAGGCUUCUGAGUCUCAGAGAACUCAGUCUCUGCCUGGUCCCCUGCAGUGGUGGCCAGGGGCAGUGAGGCCACUGGCAGACAAGAGUGUUAGUGAAAGUGACUCAUGUGAUAACAGUGUUGUGCAUUUUGUGGGGAAACUGAGGUUUUUUUUUAUACUCAUAUAUAAUCGAUACCUUUUAUUUAUUGGUUGUUAACUAUUGCUGCUACCUUGUGUGUCUGAAACUCCCAGGAUGCUGGGCCUCCGUUUACAUGUGCACACCCUCACCCACCUGCCCACCUCAUUUGAGAGGAUGGUGGCCUGCAGCGGCCAAGAAGCCAAAAAUAUCUCUCUCUCUCUCUCUCUCUCUCUCUCUCUCUCUCUCUCUCUCUCUCUCUCUUUCCCAGAUACUGUGCUCCAUUUUUGGAGAGGGAAAGGUGGGCAUUCCUAAAUGGCUAAUGUACUGUUCCCCCAGCUUCUGCCCUGGAAUCCCCACUGCUCUACUCUGCUCUCAUUGGAACCAUAACACUUUUUUCCUACUUUUGCUUUGAUAGUCACAACAGAGAGAAAAUGGAGCCUUGUUCUGGGUGUGGGGCUGGGGAGGAUUUGGGGCACACAGUAGAGAGAGUACAAAGUGGGCUUCUCUGCACACUGCUGGCCUCUGACUCCUUGAUGCUAAGGGGCUGGGUAUAACAUAUGAAUUCUUCUGCUCUCCUGCCCCUGUCUGCCUUUUGCCGCUUCCUAUUCAGGAGUCUGAGAAAGAAGGGGUAGGAGAACAGGACGAGGCCGUGCUGCUGAGGAGCCAAGCCAGAGAAUAUGGCUCUAUAUUUGUCACCAGGAGCAGUGGGCAACCAUGGACUAGAAGCAAAGAACCCAAGGCUGGGCUUCUCUGGGACUUUGUAGUCUUUCCCUUCUUGGUCAUCAAGGCUGUGAAGCCUGGUGGUUGGUCUUAUGGAAACUGUGUGAUUCUCAGCCCAGAGCUAGGGUUCCUGUGUUUGUGACACUGUUCUAUGGCUAUGUUUUCUAGACUCUGGAGAGCACAGGAUCAUAUAAAUGACAGUAUAACCCCCAUAUAGUCUCUGGGUACAGCCUCAGCUGCUGGCGUGUAUGGUCUGGCCUAAAGGCUGACUUCGUCUGAUGACACCCCCGUUAGCCCCUCUUUAGGAUUCUUUUGAGCUCCUUCGGGCUCAUCCUCACCCUGGGGAGCUUUCCCUGGGGAGCCUCCCAGCUGCAGAGGCAGACCUGAGCCCUCAGUCCUUGCUUCUAGUUUGUGUAGCCUUUCUGCCCACCAUUGAGAGGGGGAAGGCCGCCCCCCAAUUUUUCUUCUGCUCUGAUUUUCCUGUAAUCUACACCUUCCUUCUGGGAGACCAAAACCUUCCUUGGUAAUGUCCUGUGGGUAAGCAGCUGUCAGCUGGAGGAUUGCUGUCCUCCAUCAAGAGGUGGCUUUGCCCUGCCUGUCCAUCCCUGUGGGUGGAAUGCUUAGCCAGUCUGUGUACACACUCUCUUCAUGGGUAGACCCUUUCCUCAUGCUGUGCUCAUGCCAGCCCACCAGAUCUCACAGGGCUCCAGUUACACAGGCAAUUUUCUUUGAGGCCUCUUUGGGUUAUCUUCCUGAUUGGUCCCUGACAGGGUCUCUAGGACAGAGAGUGGAUGUGGUGACAAGGGUUGAGAGGAUGAGAGUGGACCUCUCUCUGAUCUCUGGGGCCUCGGUUGUCCUCUCUGUCAGUGACAUGUUUGGUGGCCUCAAGACCCAAGUGAUUCCUAGCUGAGGACUGUCAAAGGUUAAGCAUGGGGCCCUCAGCUCAGGCGUUCACUGAUGUCUGUGGAUCCAGGCUUCUCUCAGCAUCUCAGCUUUUCAGUUUGUAGCCUCCGGUGUGACAUUUUGGUCUUCACAGUUUAUGUCCUUGGGCCUUGGACACUGAAACAGCCCUGGGCUGCCUUUUCCUGGCAGGGUGUCGCACACUAUUUUGUUCAAGGACGCGUGCUGACUGACGUCUGUCUCUCUUUCACCAGCAGUUAGCUGAGGCACACAGCACGCCCAGAAUCUGAGGCCAAGCCUCUUUUGUGCAGCCCGAGGGCCUCUCAAAUUCAUUUCCACAGAGGCCCCACCCCAUCUGUUGCUGCUUUCUUUAGGGGUGUGGUCCAGCCGAUGAGGCCAGGCCUGGGCCCUCGGCAGACUCUCCUUUCUAGGGCCAGGAAUGCUGUGACCACCUCUUCCCAGCAUCGGCUGCCCACUUUGUGUCGAUGGCGACUUAGGAGCAUAUCACGACUUUUCAGUAUCUAGCCAGGUUUAAAAUAACAGGCAAAUGUAUGCAUUGACGUCUCUCUCUUUAAAUGCUCUACAGUUUGAUAGUUGAUUUCCUAGGAAGGUGCGUUUGCACCUUGGGGGACAUUGUCUCUUCUAGGGGAUGGUGGAGUGUGCGGUGCCUGGGAUCUCUGGCAUCUCUCCUGAGAAAGCCCCCACUGCUGACCAAGCAGAAAGCCUCCAAGAUUCUUCCCAGUGUGUUUCUGCAUUUACAUGAUCCAAGGAUGCAUGGGGAUGCCCCCUGGUGGUGAUGAGCCACAGUGGCACCUGGGGAUGCAGUGGUCCAGCCAGUGGUGAGGCUAGAGUGGGAAGGCCAAGGUGGGGGCUGUGGUUUCAGAGGUCCUGGGCCCCCGGCCCCACAUAUCUGGCAGCAUGUCUCCCACCCACCCCUCUGCUAGGUCAUCUGGGACUGGCAAGGUAGUUGGCAUAAGGGCACAGUGGGAAGCUUUGCCCUCCCGACUUUAAUUUUUUUAAAAAAAAUAUCUGCAGAAUAAAUCCAAUGGUUAAUUUUUGAAUGAAUAAAAGGCUUUUGUUGAAUAAACA